ACACGCAUCGUCUUGUCAUCAAAAGUGUUAGCUUUAAAGAUGGAGGCUAAAUAUAGAUAGAUGUUUUAUUUUUUUAUUAUUUCGAUUCGAUAGCGAUCAUAGACAGAGAAAUACAUUCGAUAAAUCGAAUGCCAAUGGCGCAAUUAAGCAUUUCGGCGUUCAUCUAGCCAAAAUCCAGAAUUAAUUCAUCUGCAUCCACCCCGAUAAAGAGUAAAAAAGAAAAAAAUAAGCAACGAGUAUAUUUUGUGUGUAUUCGUUGUGUGGAAUUGCAAACCAAAACCAUCCAACAAAAAUUAAAUAAAGGGCCAAGACGUUUUUUCUGUUCCUUCGAAAAUCUCGUUUCCAAGCAUUUAUAACAAAAAAAUACAGAUAUCCAAAUAGGUUUGACUGAGUGCAAAGACUGUGAUUAUUAGUGGAGUUUCAAUGAAUUGUGCGUACGAAAAGCUAGCGAACAACUUAAACAAAUAGGCAAGAAAAAAAAGAGGAGAAGAAGAAGCAAUAGCCGAGCGAAACAACAACACAACCAGGAAUAGAUAGAGAAAGAGAUAGAAAUAAAAAGAGAGAAUAGACACUCGUUUGCAUUGUGUGUGAUUUACAUUGGAUACAUAGGAACGUGCGACGACGGCAACGGAUACAUGCAUGAAUACCAAGGUUUAUUGAUUUGAUUUGAGCGUUGUUUGAACCAUAGAGGACGAUUGCAAAAAUUAUGUCUGGUAAAAUAUCGAAUAUAAAACGUAGAGAUCAGAACGCAUCAUCUUCAUCGAAUUCGUCGCUGUCUUCUUCAUCGGGCGGUGGUGACGCCGCUAUGUCAGCAGAUCUUGCAUCAUUUUUCGAGUGCCCAGUAUGUUUUGAUUAUGUUCUGCCGCCAAUAUUGCAAUGCCAAAGUGGCCAUUUGGUGUGCUCCAGUUGUCGGUCAAAAUUAACCUGCUGUCCAACGUGCCGUGGGUCCCUCGGGAAUAUUCGAAAUCUUGCCAUGGAAAAGGUUGCAUCAAAUGUUAAGUUUCCAUGUAAGCAUUCAAGCUAUGGUUGUACCGCUUCCUUGCUCUACACUGAAAAGGUUGAUCACGAAGAAACGUGCGAGUUUCGGCCGUAUUUAUGCCCGUGUCCGGGUGCCAGUUGCAAAUGGCAAGGAUCAUUGGAACUGGUGAUGCCACAUUUAAUGAUGUCACACAAAAGUAUCACCACGUUACAAGGUGAAGACAUAGUAUUUUUAGCGACUGAUAUAAAUUUACCAGGCGCCGUCGAUUGGGUGAUGAUGCAGUCAUGUUUUGGUCAUCAUUUUAUGCUUGUGCUGGAAAAACAAGAGAAAUACGACGGUCAUCAGCAGUUUUUUGCAAUUGUUCAAUUAAUUGGAUCACGAAAAGAGGCCGAAAAUUUUGCUUAUCGCCUGGAAUUGAACGGUCAUCGUAGACGUUUAACGUGGGAAGCGAUGCCGCGAUCCAUUCACGAGGGUGUUGCAAGUGCAAUUCUCAACUCAGACUGCCUUGUAUUCGAUACAUCAAUCGCACAGCUAUUCGCCGAUAACGGUAACUUAGGAAUCAACGUUACCAUUUCAAUUGUAUAAAUUAUUAAUCGCAGAAGAAGGAGAGGGAAAGCACACAAACACAUACACACACACACACACACAUGAUUCUCCUUCGUAGUCUUAGGCUCUUUUCAUAUCUAAUGCAACAAACAAACAAAAAUCUAAAUGAAAAACACCUCCAUAAUGGAAGCAAGAAGAAACAUGCAUACACUCGAAUCGAAUAAUAACUGUCCCGAUUUUAUUUUAUUUCGGAGUAUCGUUAGAUAAAAACAAAUAACCAAUCAAUAAAGAGUGUUAAUUGAAUUUUCGUCAUGGAAUAAAUUCGAAUGUGUUGAGAGAGAGAAAGAGAGAGAGAGAGUGAAGAAGUAGCCGAAGCAGGAACAGAAGUGCAGUGUUUACCAUUGCGACAAUCCGAUCGACGUCGACUCUUUUUUUAUAUAAGAAAAUAAAAAAUAUGUACAAAUAAGGCAAAAACUGACAAUUUACGUGAUUCUUUUGGGCAGCAGAUUGGUUCAAAUUGCCCGAAUAGUGUGCGCUGCACUUCCAUUGGAUGAGAUUUUUCCUAUCAACAAAUUUAUAAUACGGAGUACUUCAACAGUCUACUACUUAAAAUCUAUUUUAAGAGGAAAAAAAGAAAAGAAAACAUGUUCAUGGUGGAAGAGAGAGAGAGAGACGUUGCUCACAAUUGAUUAAAUUAUCGUAUCGGACAAACUGACUAAUUAAAAUUGCCUUUUAUAAUCCAAUUCACUCAUACACAACAAUAACGGCUGAAACACAAUCCGUAUCGAAUUUCUCGAUUCGCUCUUAAUUGAAAUAGAACCAGUUUUAAGUUCCAUCCGAAGCAGAAGCAGUAGCAGCAAAAAAAAGAAUUUAGCUUCCCAAUCGCCAAAUAUAUAAACGAAAUAGAAAACCGAAACAGAACGAGAUUUAACCAAAGUCGAGUCUGUUUUUUUUUCUAAAUAAUUUUUUUUUCAUUUCAUCUCAUUACAUAGAUAAGUUUUUUUGUAUUGAAAUACUGAAACAGAUAAAAAAACAACAAACAAUUUUGCACACGAACUAUUAAUUACUUUAAAGUUAAAUUUUAUAUUUUUACAUAAUUUGCACUGAUAAUAACGAGAUACGACGAAACAUAAACUGAUGACAAAAAAACAACAUACAAAUCACACAAACAAUUUGAUCGCGACAAUAUACAUAAAUCAAUUCGUCGUUUGUCAUCUGCAGAAAGACCAAUUGAAGCUAUUCAAACCUUAGAUAAAUGCGAGCUCAAAUUCGAAAUGAAAAAAAAAAUGUGCGUACAUAUAUAAACUGCCACUUACAAAAAAAUGAAACAAAUUUUUGAUAAAAUCAUAAAGGGUGAACGUGAACGCCGGAGAGAAAAAACUGAAAAAUUUAGGAAAUCGAAGACGAAUAAAUUAAAUAAAAAAAAAUAAAAGAGAUAAAACAAACACGCAGAUAGCGGAAUAGAGAAAACCAAAUUUCUCGGGUUGAAUGAAUUGGAGCUAACGUGCAUAUUUUAUACACUGAUUUUAUUUUGUUCUUCUGUCAAAUUGCCCAGUGCAGCGCAAACGAAUUUUAAUUUUUUUUAGUUGUUGCUAUGACGAAAAAAAAGAGAGCGAAAACCGAUGCAACGGGCAAAAAAUAUGAGGAUUUUUUUUUUCUGACACGCAGGUCAUAUUUUGAAUUUUAACCAAAUUUGAUUGCGGCUUUAUUGGUAAAACGCCACUUUUUUCUUUCCUCAAAACAACCUAACAGAUUAGUGUCCUGUGAAUUUUUUUCACUAUUUUUCUAAAAUGUUAAAAAAAAAUCCUUACAAAAAACAGACAAACAAACAAACAAAUCAAGUGAACAGCAAACAAAGAAAAAGGUGUCGCACAAUUUCAAAAUGCAAUUCAAUCGACACAUUGUUUUCUUCAAUUGUAAAUAUAAAAAACAAAUCUAUUUCUAUCUACAUUCAAUUCAUAUGUUGGUAUUCAAUGAUAAAAAUGGUAAACAAGUUGAAGAAAAACAAAACUGAACGAUUAAGAUUGAUUCAUUAUAAUGUGUGAAAGUGAAAUUUAGUUGCAUAUAAUCAACUUUUUUGAUUUUUAAUAAGUUAUAAGAUUUUUUUUGGAAUAAAAUGUGUAUCUUAACUGAAAAAAAA